AUGGUCGCCUUCGACAAGUGUGAGACCCGACCGGCCCAUAUCGACGCUAUUCUCAAUGGCCUCGAUCGGUACAACCCCGAGACCACCACGGUCUUCCAGGACUACGUGGCACAGCAGUGCGAGGACCGCACCUUCGACUGCUAUGCCAACCUGGCUCUGCUGAAGCUGUACCAGUUCAACCCCCACCUUCUCCAGCCCGACACCGUCACCAACAUUCUGGCCAAGGCCCUGACCGUGUUCCCCUCUCCUGCCUUCUCGCUCUGCCUCGCCCUGCUCCCCGCUCACACCCAGCCUUUCCCUACCACCUCCGAGGCCCAGGCUGCCUCCCAGACCUCCGACUUUGUUGAGUCCGUCCAGAAGCUCUCCCAACUCUCCACCCUCCUCGAGUCCGCCCAGUACACCCAGUUCUGGUCCACUCUGAACUCUGACGACCUGUACGCCGAUCUGACUGCUGAUGUCGCCGGCUUCGAGGAGCUUGUCCGUAUCCGCAUCGCCGUCGAGGUCGGCAAGGCCUUCCGCUCCAUCACCGCCGAUGCUCUGGAGCAGUGGCUCGAUGUCCGCGGCCGCGAGGCUCUCGUAAAGUUCGUCGCGGAUGUCUGUGGCUGGAAGGUCGAGGGCGAUGUUGUUCGCGUUCCUACCAACAAGGAGAAUGAGGCUCGCAGCGAGGUCAAGAGCGAGCGUGUUGGUGUGGACAUGUUUGGCCGUGUGAUUCGCCGCGGUUUCGAGCAGGCUGCUUAA